UUCAUGCUGAUCGUAACAACAAAUCCCCUCUCUCUUUCUCUCUCUUCUCUCGCUCGCUCUCUCGAUUUCGACACCCAAACCACCCACACACAAAAACACACACAGACACUCACACAUACGCACAGAUCAUCCACAAGGCGCCACCCCUCUUCAGCCCACGUUCUCCUUUCCGGGCUUUCCCCCAAAUUGAAUCGUUCCUCAGAUUUACAGGUCUUUAUACCAAUAGAGUAGACGGAGAAGGAAUGGACGUAAAUCCGAGCCCUUGUGCGUUUGCGCUAGCAUGCACCGCAUAAGAUACGUGGUGAAGGUAAGGCGGGAGGCGGUGGCGCCAUGCAUGACAUGCCCUCUCUGCCACAAGCUCUUCCGCGACGCCACCACUAUUAUUGAAUGCCUCCACACUUUUUGCAGGAAAUGCAUUUACAAGAAGCUCUCAGACGAGGAGAUGGACUGCUGUCCAAUAUGCAAUAUCGACUUGGGAUGUGUUCCGUUGGAGAAGUUGAGGGCGGAUCAUAAUUUGCAAGAUGUAAGGGCAAAAUUAUUUCCUCAUAAGAGGAUCAAUGUGAAGGCCCCUGAACUUGUAACUCCUGUUGUGUUGCCUGCCAAGAGAAAGGAAAGAUCUCUUUCAUCAUUGGUGGUCAGCACCCCCAGAGUAUCGACACAGAUUGGAAUGACCGGAAGAAGAUCAAAAUCUGUUGCAAGAAAAGCAUCAAAAGGUUCCAGUUUUAUCAUAGAAAAACCAGUUUCAAACUCCAUUGAGGAUCAGCCUGACAGCUCUAGCUCACCAGAGUUGUUGAACAAAUUUACUCAGAACCUGAGGCAGAACUCUGCUGCUGGCGAGCCAUCUAAUCACCCUAACUCCGAUAGAGGGAGAGGGAAUGGUCCUGAUUAUUGGGAAGGAAAAGUUGAUCUCUGGAAACCUUUAACUUGUUUGGUUGAAGCAGCAAAUAGGAGCAAGUCGUCUAAGUUCAGCACACAAGGAACUCUUGCUAAAUCUGAAGAGCAACUUUCAUAUGAGAAUGAGGGUCUUCCUAGGAAAACCAAGAAUAAGGAACAAAGAAAGAAAUCAAAAGUUAAAGAUGAGAAGAAUUACGGUGACCAUGCCCCUCCAGAAUCUGAAAGGCCUAAAAAGUUUAGUAGAAUCCGUGAAAAGGCACGGAAUUUUGGAGAAUUGGCUCCCCCCCAGGCUGUGCUCGAUGCUGCCAGUGCUAAACUUGACAGAAGAACUUAUCCAAUUUGGUUCUCGUUGGUCGCCUCUAACGAUGUGGAAGGAGAUGCCCCACCCCUGCCUCAGAUUUCAGCAAGUUACUUGAGAAUAAAGGAUGGAAAUAUACCUGUUUCUUUUAUUCAAAAGUACCUCAAGAGGAAGUUAGAUCUCACAAGUGAAGCUGAGGUUGACAUCAAGUGCAUGGGACAGACGAUCAUCCCCACAUUGACGUUGAAUAAUCUAGUUGAUCUGUGGCUUCAGACAACUAGCACUGAGAGAGUAUCAGCCACAAUUGGCUCAUCCGCGAAGGAAUUCGUGAUGGUACUGAGCUACGCUCGCAGAGUCCCUGAUUCUUGAACGCUUGUGCCACCAUUUUUCCCUCCCGUCCCCAAUAAUAUCUCUAUAGUAUUUAAGUUUCAGUAGCAGUAAGCUUUUCCAAUUCCCGGCACUGUACGCCCGUUUUGAGCCAUUUCUUACAACUCUUGCAACUCUGGCCUUGGUACUAGGCAGCACGUUCCUAAGAGUUGCCUGGAAGCUAGUAAUGUGAAUCUGUGAUUAGCUUUCCAAGUUGAGCUUCUAAUGUAUGCUCUAAAUCUGGGAUGUUGUAGUUUUUGACAGUCAGUGGACUUGAAGCACCUAUGUCUGUUUUAUUCUCUGAUUCUGCACUAUAGUUAUCACCUUGGACUUGGACAUAUUGUUGUAUGGUUCUUGAUUAUGUUAACGGAGUAGGAAAGCAUAGAAGUUUAUGAUCA